GAGGAAGUAUUUGCGUAUUAGAUGCGCAUCUUUACCUCGUCUAUAAAGGUUGAUUACCUGUGGCUCGUGAUAGUGUGACAAUUUAUCACUGGAUCAGGGUGGCUCUGAUAUCUAAAGAUUAUAUUUACCUUCGACAGGGGGGUGAAAAUCGUAAGGUAACCGCCAACACACCAAUCUGGAUUGCCGGGUGUUUAUUGUACUCAUAAAGGAAUCAAUUUCCGAAAAUUUAAAUGCAUCUCCAUCGUAAGAAUAUUAUGUUGAUGAUUUUGACCAAAUUUCGAUAACUUGUGUUAUAUAAUCGGCUUAUGAGUGGAGUGAUUAAGCACGAAGAAGGUACCAGUUUGGGACAUCGAGGGUGUACAAGGCUCUGUUGGUCCAGAAUGGUGACUAGUUUGGAUGACAUCAAAUCUCUCCGCUUCUGGAGAGCGGUGGGAGCCGAAUUUCUGGGAACGUUGUUGCUCACGAUGAUUGGAUGCGGUUCUGUAGUGACUUGGGACGAAGAUGGGAAAUUAGUGCAGAUUGCUCUCUGCUUUGGACUUAGUGUUGCAACUGUCGUCUGGAUCAUUGGUCACGUGAGUGGAGGCCAUAUCAAUCCAGCAGUAACUAUUGCUUUCUUCGUGACCAGGCGCAUCAGUCUGGCUCGUGGCAUCUUUUACAUCAUCAGCCAAUGUGCGGGUGCAGUUGUAGGUGCGGCGAUUUUAUAUGGUUUGACGCCUGCCAGCCAUCGCGACAGUGGAUCUCUUGGUUUGACCAAAGUGAAUCCGUCGCUAACAGGCGCUCAGGCUUUUGGGGUAGAGUUUUUCGUCACGUUUGUUUUGGUGUUGACUGUCUUUGCGUCCUGUGACAAGAAGAGAAGAGAUUUGAAUGGAUCAUUUCCUUUGUCCAUUGGUCUGUCUGUCACUAUGUGCCAUUUGUUUGCAAUCCAGUACACCGGCUCUAGUAUGAACACUGCCAGGAGUUUUGGUCCUGCUGUCGUCAUGGGCUUCUGGGAAUACCAUUGGGUAUACUGGUUGGGCCCUUUGUUAGGCGGACUCGUCGCCGGGCUUCUCUACGACAACGUGUUCGCUAUGAACGCAUCUCUCCUGAAGGCACGCGGAUUUCUGCUAUCAAGUGAGUACGACACUGAAAAAUUUCCCGCCAGUAAACCCAAGAUCCGGGUCAUUCAGGAGGAGGACGAGGAGGAUGAGGAUGAUAGGGACCCCCUCAGCAGCUCAUUCGACUCACAGAGGGAGGAGCAAAAGCGACCCGAAUCUCCAUAGCAACUGAUUCCUAAAGCUUUAACAACAUACUCGCAUGCUUUUGAAAUGAAUGUCUGUUGAAAUGAGAGUCAAAGACGCUUUCUUUAUACAGCUGUUGUUUGUAGAAUGACUUUUUCAUCUAAAU